GAACACGCCGCUCGAAUAUUAGGUACAGAGUGCAGCCGAGUAAGAGGCGUUCCGCGUUUCGAAGCGGCAGCAGUUCAACUUAAAAAACUUUUUAAAAAAUCUGUGUUUUCGGCCAGUGACUUUUGUGCAGUGAUCAGUGAUGAGGCCGCCUACGGAAUAUGAGGGGGGAGCGCGGGUGCCGACGGAAGCCGAGGAGGUGGACCCGCGGGCGCCGGCGAUGAUGAUCUGCGCCCGGCUCGCUGGCCGCGCCAUCAUUCGCGUCGUCGGACGCUGCGAGGAUGCCCAAGAAAACAGCCAGCUUGACCUGUCAGAAUGCCAGCUGAUGCAAGUCCCAGAUGCAGUGUACCACCUCAUGCGACACACGGAGCUUAAGAGCUGUGAUCUCAGUGGCAAUGUCAUCACCAAGAUACCUCCCAAGUUUGCGGUCAAGUUCAGUUUGAUCACAGAUUUGAACCUCUCAAACAAUCAGAUGGCCAGAUUGCCAGACGAGCUGUGCACACUGGCUUGCCUGGAGCGGCUGGACAUCUCCCAUAACAGCUUCGUGGCCCUCCCGGCCAUCGCCUGCCAGUGUCCCAGUCUCCACACAUUACACGCACACCACAAUCAGAUCAUUGAGGUAGACGUGGACCGGUUGGGGCGGUCGCGCGCCCUCGAGUACGUGGACCUGAGCGACAACCCCCUCCCCCCGCGCGUGCACGACGAGAUCAAGCAGCUCUCGCGGCCUUCCGUGGCCGUGUCCGAGCGCGUCAAGGAGGACUGGGAGGAGGACCUGCUCCUCUAGGAGGCCAACUCGCGUUUGGGGCCAGAGCUGACAUUCAUACGGGCUUGUGAUACUCGAUUAUAGUCAUUGUAGUUG